AUGCCUUCGCAAGGUGCUCAUGGAGAACAAUCUCUCCAUGGAUAUAUCAUCUACUCGUUCACUGCUGACAUCUUCCAAGUGUAUAAUUGUAGAUCAGACACGGACACUCUGAAAUUCAAUGAAGACAUCCUUCUCUCAACGACGUACUUUGAAAGAAAACCCUGGGUAUUUUCAGCCAUAUAUGGCUACCCUUCAGAACAAGCUGAAGUUCUUGUUCGUCGUCUCAUAAAGUUCACUGAGACAGCAUUCCAUCCGCUCAUGAUGCCGAUGGUAUUUGUCGAACAUGAGCGCUCGCGUUUCAUGGAGGCUAUGGAACUCAAAAGUCCAAAGCUGGAGGAACGAAUCAUGGACCUUGAGAAUAGACUUCAAGCGGAUAAGCAGAAGAAGAGUCAAAAUCGUAAAGAAUUAAGGAAAGAAAACCAGGAAAUGACACAGAAGGACUGUGACAGCGCAAAGCUAUGGGACGACGUGAGUCGCUUGAGGAAUGGAAUGGAAAGCUUCCGGAAGGUGCUCGCCUCUCUCGAAGAACAGUUUGUGACAUUCAAAAACCUCAAUCUGCAAUCCCAUCUUCAGGGGCCAGAUGAGAAGGUAGCCGACUCAAUAAGCUCGGAGCACAUUAGGUGCCGGCUCAAGGAAAUGGAUGUAGAGGUUGAUGGCAACAUCAGGAAAUGCGAAGGUCUACUAGCUGGAAUGGCCCUGGCCAUCCAAGUUGAAUGGAACUAUCACACAAGACGAGAUGCCAAGGCAAACAUAUUCAUUGCUCGGGCCUCGCAUCAAGAUAGUACCCAAAUGAAAAUGAUAUCCUGGGUUGGAAUGAUCUUCCUUCCGGGUACUUUCUUCGCGACUUUCUUCUCCAUGUCAUUCUUCCAAUGGAUACCAGAUGAUAGCCCUCGAUUGAUAUCUCCAUGGGUGUGUAUGUAUUUCGGUCUGACAGUCAUCAUCACGGGUGCCAUUGUAUGGUUCUGGUGGCGAAAAACAAAGGACCAACCAGAUCUUGGAGAAUUUCUUGAGUAUAUCGGGGUAGAGGAUAUUGAAAUGGGGUUGAAAGAGCCCCCUCGCCGCAAGCGUUCACAUGAUAGUGAUGAAUCAAGAGAUACAGAAGCUAUCGAGAAGGACGACUAA